AUUGCUGACCCCGAGACCUGUGACCGAAUGUACGAGAGCUUAGUCAGAAUCCACACCAACUACUACAAAAACAAGUAUCCACGCCUGAAAGACACAAGCUUCACUGGAGUGACAGUAGAAGAUUGCAAGAUGAUACUAGCAACAGACGUUCUGAAACAGAUGGAAGACAUGAAAAAAGGGACAUGGAAAAAACUGCGAGAAAAGUUUUAUGCCAAGAAACCUGAAGAGGACUCAAAGUGA